CCGACUGUUGUUUGUUCUCCACCUUCACCGACUGGGCUGGAUGACAACCAACCCUAUGAUGAGGGCGAGGCAUCCCCCAUUGCAACAACCGUGGCAGGCUCAAUCCCUGCUCUCACGGCUUGGCAACCUCAGCCCCGGAUUUGCCCGGGCCAAUACGUCGCUCUGGUAUGUUCGUGAGGGCUUGCAACAACAGCGAUGACUUGGGCUGUUGAGCGGUGAAAUGGCCACCCCUGUGUUCGUUGGACGAGUCCAAAGAGACAAGGCACUGAAAGGUCAAGACUUCUUCCCGCUUCCAUGGCUGCCUAAAUAUGUAGAUAUUCAUUCAUAUAAAAGGAUGUCUUCAGCCUUCUGGAAUCAUCGUCUCAUAAUUACUCAGUGCAUUGAUUCUACAGUCACUAGACCUUUCAACGACGACCGCAAGCUUGGUACAGGAUGUCAGAUUCUCCAAUGGAGCCUCCGAGCGAGCCCAACGACGAAGAAUUUUCGUACGCCAAGUUUUCGAUCGAGUAUCGCGAAUCUCUCCUGGCGGACGUGGAGCGCGGCAAUUUGGACGAGCUCCGCGACUCAGUCUAUAAUCGAUACUACAGCACUAGCAGCGGUUUCGGCAGCUCCGGGGAGUCCUUUCAGGAGCUCGAGCCAGCCAUUCGUGACCUUUGGUUUGCAUUUCACGUCUGGGCCAGCAAUAUCUCCCAUGUGGCCCCGGAGCACGAUCGCGUGGUCCUAGAUUUCGUUCGGAUCCAGGGUUCAGGCCCCUUACGGAGACUAUUAAAGGACAGUGACCACGAGCUUGAGGUGGCCCGAGGACCAGCCGGGGCGUUGUGGAGCGAUUUGCCCUUCUUCCUGGAAGAUACCAUUACAUACUUCUUCAAGCACUUCCCCACCAUGAAGCCCGACCAUCGACUUAACUUCACUCAUUUUGUGGCCAAAGUGGCAUCAACCGGGUUGCUACAGGAUCGAGUCACCGAGGUCGGCUUAUUGACCUUCCGCGAGGCGCUGGAGACAAGCCGCCCUCUGGGGAGUCUCCAGCACCCAGACGACUGGGAAAAUCUCCAGGGAUUGUCCGACAUGUCUGUUGCCGCCUUUUUUCCAGCAAUUCGCGCAUGGGUAUUCGAGCACGGCCGGAAAAUGAUCAAUCUGUGCGACGUGUCAUGGAAAGAGUGCGACGCAUCGUCAGGCCUUGGAGGUCCAUUGUUUCUGGCCUCGGAGCUCAGUCAGAAGUCGCCGAGUGGACUCAGUCCGGGGCGAUGGCUGUUCUGGAUCAAGCGGGUGGACGAGAUACACCAACGGGCGACAGAGGCUGGUGAGACGAAACUCGCGGAUGAAGCUUGGGCCACCCUAGAAUUGAUGCUCAACCCGCUGGAAGACCGAGAUUGUCCUGUCUCACGAGCAUAUCACGCUACACCCGACGACUUUAUCCGAACCAAGUGGCCCGAGUUCUGGGCUUCACGGAUCCUGGAGGAUGAGGAUGAGGGGUCAGAAACACGUGAGGCUGAGGCUGAGAAUUGAUGGGUGCUUCUGUUCGUAAAACAUCUAGGCUCAGACUGCGUGAAGAUGAAGGUAUGGGUGACCUUGCAAGAGCACCGCGCCUGGUUACCGAAUGCCUAUGAACAUCUUAUAGCCACCUUGCAGCUAAUCUAUUCAAGCC